AUGUAUCGACAGAUACUUAUUCAUGAGUCACAGCUACAUCUGCAACGAAUAUUGUGGCGCGAGAACUCGAAUUCGCCGGUCGGUACUUAUGAGUUGCUUACCGUUACUUACGGCACGGGCUCGGCGCCAUUUCUCGCGACGAGAUGCUUUCAACAUUUGGCACAAAAACAUGCCCUCGAUUAUCCUGCGGGGGCACAAUGCGUUCUUCGGGAUUUUUAUGUGGAUGACUUACUCGCGGGCGCCAAUACAUUGUCCGAAGCAGGGCGCAUUCGUGACGAGGUGAUAGCCUUAUUAAGGCGCGGACAGUUUGAACUCGGCAAAUGGUCAUCGAAUUGCCGAGAAUUGUUACAGGGCAUUAGACACAACGAGUGCGGAGGUAGCAUAACGAAGCGGACGAUCUUGUCGGAAAUCGCGAGUCUCUUCGACCCUUUGGGUUUAUUAGGGCCACUGACAGUUGUGGCAAAAAUGAUCAUGCAAGAUACGUGGCAGGCUCGCGUCGGGGGGGACAAAUCGUUGCCGCAAGAUUUGCAUCAGCGAUGGCUGAACGUAAAACAACAAUUGACGCGCCUUCGCGAAUUGCGUGUGCCGCGUUUUGUCGGAUUUCGGGCGGACGCGCACAGAUCACAAGUACACGGCUUUUGUGACGCGAGCGAGCGUGCAUACGGCGCGUGCGUAUACAUAAGAACGCGCGAUUCCGACGGAUACCGGGUGGAACUUUUAAUUUCCAAAUCACGAAUAACACCAAUUAGAGCAGUUUCGUUACCGCGGCUAGAAUUGAAUGCCGCGUUAUUGCUAUCACAUUUAAUCGAGAAGAUUCGCGCAUCGGUUGAUUUAUCGAAAUCAGAGAUAAUUUUAUGGACGGAUUCCACAAUUACUAUACAAUGGAUAUCGUCGCCGUCGCGUAAAUGGAACGCUUUCGUGGCCAAUCGCGUCGGUGAAAUUCAGUGCCUUACCAGGAGAUCGAGUUGGCGGCACGUGCCGUCCGCUCACAAUCCCGCGGAUAUAUUAUCGCGCGGCGUCGACCUGGCGGGCUUAAUGCAAUCGACAAUUUGGUGGAACGGACCUGCAUUCCUGCAGUUAACUGAGGAACAUUGGCCGGUCAAAUUAUGUGUCGACUUGUCGGGCGAGUUACCGGAACAAAAAAAAGUAACCGCAGCGGUGAUAUCCAUACAACAAUCGAUCGUACUAAACUUGUUGGACAAACAUUCCAAUUUAGACAGGGCAUUGCGAAUCAUCGCUUACUGCCUGAGAGUAGCGCGUUCGCGUACGAUCAAAUAUCAGACAACGUUUAUUUCGCAUCACGAAAUAACAGCAGCUCUGCGAGUCGCGGUGAAGUGCGUACAGAGGCAUGCCUUUUCAAGGGAACAUAAACAGUUGACCGAGGGUCGGAACGUUGACGGCGGAAGUCGGAUUCUGUCAUUGACUCCGUUUAUGGAUGAACACGAGAUCAUUAGAGUGGGGGGCCGAAUAAGUAAUGCAGCAUUGCCAUACGACGCGCGACAUCCCAUGCUAUUGCCGAAGAGUCACCGAUUGACAACCUUAAUCAUACAGCGAGAGCAUGUAAAAAAUUUGCAUUCAGGCCUACAGGCCACAAUGCAUGCGGUGCGUCGACGAUUUUGGCCUCUGGCGGCGCGUUCGGCUGUCCGAAAAACAAUUCACAAUUGCGUAACCUGCUUCAAGUGUAAGCCGGCUGUAUCGCAAGCAUAA